AUGCCGCAGAAGAGGCUCCGCCGCCGCCGCAGGAGGUCUCCUCGCCGGCGCCGUGGUGAAGAAGGCGCAUCUUUAUCUGCCCCCCUUGUCGAAUCGGAUAGCAGCAGCAGCACGACUUCCUGCACACGGGCGCCCGAACCCCUCGACGAGCAGCCCGACGCCCGGCCGGCCCGCGAGUACGAGUCGAGGUACCAUGGGAUCCUCGCCUCGCGCCUAUCCCAGCUGCCGCUACCAGCCUGCGCUGACGAGGAAGGCCCAAAUCUCCCCUCCGACGAAACCGUCGAAGCCCUCGUUCGUUCUUCCUUCUACGACGACGAGCUGCGGGCUGCUCUGGUAGAGUACCAAGCCCACAAGCUCUUGCGCCGACCAGAUGAUGCCCAGGGACGAGAUGGAGAUUAUGGAGAAGUUGAUUCGUCCUCCUCACUGAUGGAUGAUAUCACCGAGGAGGAGUUCUCCAGAGACCGUGAAGUGCUCAGCUCUCGCAGACACGAAAUUGAUCACACUGAGGCUGAAUUGGAUGAAGAGGAGGCGGACAGUCUCGAUCGUAUCCAUGCACGCUAUCACAAGUACGCACGAUAUCGCCUCAAAGCUUGCCUGUUGCUGAAAGGAAUGCCUAUUGACGAUGCUGCACUGGAAUGCAAGUACACUCCAGAGCUUGCCUUGGAUUACCUGAGUGAUGGAGCCUUCGGCUGGUGUUUCGACUUGAACCUCUGUUUGCCCGUGUCAUUGAGCGACUAUCAGCGGCUAGUCCCUUGUAAUGAAGGGGGCGAUGAGUAUGAAAGUUGGAGUGAAUACCGAGAGUUUUAUAGCACCCCUGAAACUGAUAGAGAUUAUCUGCUGUACUGGGAAACAAUUGUGAAGGAUCUUAAGGUUCCAGAGUGGAUAGCACGUGAGUUAAUUUCGCAGGAGGUUAGAUUCAAGUGUGAUCUGCCGAAGAGGUAUGUGCAGUACGCCAGGAAGAAGCUCAAGGUUGCAGAAGUCAUAGGAUUGAUUCCCAAGGCCGAGAUACCAGCGUAG